AUGUCGGACUCAAAAGAUGACAAGGGCAAAGCCCCCCAGAAGCCCAAUGAUGCGGAGCAAACACCGGGCGGAAAGCUGACCCCGCAGGCGGCCGAGGCGCUGUUGGCAAACAAUCCCGCUCUAAAGAACGAGUUGGGUGAACUGGAUAAGGACAAGGCUGUGGAAGCUUUGCGCAAGAUGGAUAUCUCUGAACUCUUGACCGGUCUCUCUCUGACCGGCAAGAACAAGAAGGACAUGGCGGCGUUCAAGUUCUGGCAGACACAACCCGUACCCCGCUUUGACGAGGCGAGCAACGCUGCUGGCGGACCGAUUAAGAUGAUUGAUCCUGAGAGGGUCUCGAAGGAGCCGGAUGCUUUGAUUGAGGGCUUCGAGUGGACUACCCUCGACUUGACCAACGAGGAGGAACUCCGGGAGCUUUGGGACUUGCUCACAUACCACUACGUCGAGGAUGACAAUGCCAUGUUCCGGUUCCGAUACUCCAAGUCUUUCCUGCAUUGGGCGCUCAUGUCUCCAGGCUGGCGCAAAGAAUGGCACGUGGGUGUUCGUGCGACCAAGUCGCGCAAGCUAGUGGCUUCGAUCUCUGGUGUCCCGACUCAAAUUCGUGUGCGCGACCAAAAGAUCAAGGUUACUGAGAUCAAUUUCCUCUGCAUCCACAAGAAGCUGCGGUCCAAGCGACUGGCACCUGUCCUCAUCAAGGAGAUCACCCGCCGCUGCUACCUGAAUGGCAUUUACCAAGCUAUCUAUACUGCUGGCGUUGUUCUUCCGACACCCGUUUCCUCCUGCCGAUACUACCACCGCCCGCUCGAUUGGCUGAAGCUUUACGAGGUCGGCUUCUCUCCUCUGCCCAAGGGAUCUACCAAGGCUCGCCAGAUUACCAAGAACCACCUUCCCAGCCACACCUCGACGCCCAACCUUCGACCCAUGGAAGCUAAAGACGUCGACGCUGUUCACGAUCUCUUGGAGCGCUAUCUGAAAUUGUUCGAUAUGCACCAAGCGUUCACCCGCGAGGAGAUUGAGCACUGGCUGGUAUACAAGGAGACACCUCAGAAGGAGCAGGUUGUCUGGUCAUAUGUGGUGGAGGACCCGGAGACUCACAAGAUAACGGAUUUCUUCUCAUUCUACAACCUCGAGUCUACAGUGAUCCAGCAUCCCAAGCACGACUGUGUCCGCGCGGCAUACCUGUACUACUACGCCACCGAGACAGCUUUCUCGAACGACCAGAAAGCUCUCAAAGACCGACUCCUGAUGUUGAUGAACGACGCUUUGAUCCUUGCUAAGAAGGCUCAAUUUGACGUAUUCAACGCCCUCACUUCUCACCACAACCCUCUCUUCCUGGAGCAGCUCAAGUUUGGUGCCGGUGACGGCCAGCUCCACUUUUACCUCUACAACUACCGAACCGCCCCGAUUGCUGGCGGAGUCAACGAGAAGAACCUACCGGACGAGAAGCAGAUGGGUGGUGUUGGUGUUGUUAUGCUCUAG